UUGUAACGUUCCUUCGUGCUCGUCUGUCUCUUUCCAUUCGCUCGCCGGAAAGUUACUUCCCCGGCGAUCAUGGGACUCUGAGACUCACCGGCGACUUCUGCUGAGCCCGAUGGAGAUUUAGUGCCGUAUGCUUUCCCGUUUCCGUCUUCUGUUUGCCGAGAACGCGGGAUUGUCUUGCUUUCCUUUACCUCGGAUCUGGUGAUUUAGUGGGGUUUAGAGAUUUAUCGGGUAAAGGGUUUUCAAUUUUGUGUACUAUGUAUUGAUCGCACCGUGGAUUUUGGCGCGGGAUCGGAUUUAUUGAGUUCCACUUCGAUUGUGGUAGUGGUCGUCUAUGGAACGGGGUGGUGGAUCGGGUGAGAGUUCACGGGUAGUUGCAAAGACUAGGAGCUCGUCAGGCUGCUUGAUUGUGAAGAAAAAGAGUGAUGGGGUUGGUAGGAUCGGUUCCUCUUUGGGAAGACGCAGGAAUUCCCAGUGCAAGAAAGAUAAGAAUAGAUCCAGAAUAGUGGCUAGUGAUUCCGAGUCAAGUGAUGAGUUUUUGGCACCUCGCCGUAGAAGGGUUGACCGUGAAACUGUCCGAGUUUGCCGCAACGUAGCUGGUCCGGUGAAAGGUAGCUCCGAAGGUAAUGAAUUUGGCAGGAAAAGGGAUAGGCCAGAGUUCGAUGAUAAUGGUUCUGUUAGAAGGAACGGUGAGGAUAUGGGUGUGAGUAAGAGGAAUAAGUUAGAUGUUUUCGAGUUCGAUGAAUAUGAUGGUUUUGAUAGUGCAAUGGUAAUGAGAAAAUGCUUCGAUAAUGUCAAUGUUGGUGUCAGUGGAAGAAGUUCUGUUGCCCCAAGAAGUCUUGAUGGUGGUAGUAGUGGAUCGGGAUCAGGAUCUGGCAGUGACUGUGUUCUUGAGGGGAGAAAGAAAUCAUACAUAAAUGGCACGCGUAGUUUUAGUACUCAGGAGAAAUGCACCAGUGCCUCUGAUUCUGAUUCUGGUUUUGAUCCUACUGAACCGAUCAGGGUGCAGGGAAGAAACGGUGUUUUGAAGGUGAUGGUAAACAAAAAGAAGGCUAUUGAUGAGCCAGCGAGAAGCUUGGGGCAAGUGAAAUAUUCGGGGACCAAAUGCCGUUCAAAGUUGCAUGGUCCUUGUAAAACUAGCGUUCCUGCUGCUUCAACCAUUCACCAGAAAGCAGGGUUUUAUGAGAAACAAGCAUCCUCUAUUAAGGCACAAAAGCGUAAGAAUAUCUCAGUAAAAUCAACAUCUGGUAAAUCAAGCGAUGAGAAUGACGAUUCAGCAUCAGAAGACAGUGAUAUGUCGUUGAAAUUGGAAAAGAGGAAAUUUGAAAGUUGUAAAUCCAAUAAGAGGGUAAAUUCCAAAAUGGAAAAAACUUUGCGUGAACCAGUGAAACACAUUGCAGUCAAAGAAGGAAAAGUGCGACGUGGUGCUGGAACAGAGAAACAACGCCUACGUGAGCGGAUUAAGGGAAUGCUUGUCGACGCAGGUUGGACGAUAGAUUAUAGACCCAGGAGGAACAGAGAUUACCUGGAUGCUGUGUAUAUAAACCCGUCAGGAACAGCAUAUUGGUCAAUUAUCAAGGCAUAUGAGGCGCUUCUGAAGCAGUUAGAUGAUGACGAAAAUGAUUCCAAAUAUGGGAAGGAUGUUGCUGCAUUUGCCUCGGUGUCCGAGGAUAUCAUGAACAAGUUAGCUAGGAAGACGAAAAAUAUUACCAGGACUGGGAUGAUGAAGAAAUGGCAAAAAGAAACCAGUAGUAGUGAUAGCGAAAAGGAAAUUGAUGGAGAAGAAAGGACAACGUACAGUGAUACCCAUGAAGAGAAGAGUUUUCUGGUAAAGUCGGUAGGUAAGUCCACAAAAAAAAGAGUAAAUGGAAAAAUCAAUGUGGUUAGUUUACACUCAAAAAGUGAAAACUCUUCCUAUCAUAAUGAUGAAAGACCAUCCACUGGGUUGGAUUCUCAUUAUCAAAAUGGAAGGAAAAGCAACAAACUUGGAAGAUGUACUUUGUUGGUGCGUAGUUCCAGGGAUGAAAAGAAUUUGGAGAUAGAUGGGUUCAGUACUUACUCUGGAAAAAGGACGUUGCUUUCCUGGUUGAUCGACUCCGGAGUUGUCCAACAAAGCCAGAAGGUGCAAUACAUGAAUCGCCGCUGUACAAAGGUGAUGCUGGAGGGAUGGAUAACAAGAGAUGGGAUUCAUUGUAAACUCUGUUUUCUUUCCAGAUUUGAGAUUCAUGCCGGGAGCAAAUUACGUCAGCCUUUUCCAAAUAUUUAUCUGGAUUCUGGCGUUUCUCUUCUUCAAUGCCAAAUUAAUGCAUGGAAUAUGCAAGAAGAUGCAGAGAAUCUUGGUUUCCAUCAUGUGGAUACUGAUGGUGAUGACCCGAAUGAUGAUACUUGUGGUAUUUGUGGAGAUGGUGGUGAUUUGAUCUGCUGUGAUGGUUGUCCGUCAACAUAUCACCAAAGCUGCCUAGGUAUGCAGUCACUUCCUUCGGGUGAUUGGCACUGUCCUAAUUGUACUUGCAAAUUCUGUGGUGCUGCUGUGGACUCUAACGACAAGGAUGAGAGUGUUCUGUCAUUACUUUCUUGUAACAUGUGUGAGAAAAAAUAUCACCAACAAUGUAUGAAUGAGAUGGAUGCUCAGAAAGUUCAAUAUGUUGGUUCCACGCCUUUUUGUGGGCCAAAAUGCUUAGAGCUGUUCGAACAAUUGCAGAAGUAUCUUGGUGUAAAAAAUGAAUUAGAAGCCGGCUUUUCAUGGUCUCUUAUUCAUAGGGUGGAUACCGAUUCAGAUUCAAAUCCUCAUAUGUUGGCACAGAGGAUUGAAAUUAAUUCAAAGCUUGCCGUUGGACUUGCUAUCAUGGAUGAAUGCUUUUUACCUAUAGUUGACCGAAGGAGUGGUGUAAAUCUAAUUCGCAAUGUCCUGUAUAAUUGUGGGUCAAACUUCAACCGGAUUAACUAUACUGGUUUCUACACUGCUAUCCUAGAGAGGGGUGAUGAAAUUAUUUCAGCUGCUUCUCUCAGGUUCCAUGGUACACAAUUGGCAGAGAUGCCAUUCAUUGGAACCCGACACAUAUACAGGCGUCAAGGAAUGUGCCGCCGACUUUUUGAUGCUAUUGAAUUGGCUAUGCGUUCUCUCAGGGUUGAGAAAUUGGUUAUCCCUGCCAUUCCAGACUUCUUGCAUGCAUGGAUUUGUAACUUUGGCUUCAGUCCUUUAGAGGAUUCAUCUAAGAAAGAAAUGAGGUCCUUGAACACAUUGGUAUUCCCUGGAAUAGACAUGUUACAGAAAUCACUGCUGGUUGAAGGAAAUGCUGCCACCGCUGCUGCAGGUGUCAGACAACUGGAAGACAUAGGUGAGCAUUUAGUUGUACACGACCGUGCUAUUAAGUCUGAGAUGGAGACUGGAAAGAAAUCAGGAUGUGACUCUUCUGCUAAAGUUGUUCCUAUCUACCAUAAGGUGGAUGACAAAUGCGAUGGACGUCCUGCAGACAAGGAUCUUGUUACCUGUGAUGAGGAUAAGAUACCUGCUUCGGCUCAAAUGACCAUGAGCACUAUUUCCAAGCAAGAGGAUGAGUUACCUAAUCAUUCUCCUGGUGGAGAAUCUCGCAGUAGCUCUUCUGCUUGUCAGAUAGCAUUAAAUUCUGAAAAUAAGAACAUGCCAGGUUUUCCAUGUGAAGAUACUGGAUCAUCAUGUGAAGAUGGUCGUCUGGAUGUGAAUGCAGAAACAGAUGCUCAGGAACUUCUACAGGCCUCCGCUGAUAAGAAGACUUGUGCUGAUUCUGGGGAUGGAAAUAAUAUCCCUUUAUCCAAUUCUUGUGGAGGAUCAUCGAAUAUGAGCUCCAUAAUCCCUGAUGGCAAAAGUGAGCAAUUACCCAUUUUACUUGUAGAUGGUACUCAUUCCUGUAAAGUGAAUAACUUGCUUAGCAACGUCUGUCCCCCUUGUGAAGAUCAAGCUGCAAGUAGGUUAGGGUCUGAUGAGAAACCUCCUUCUGGGAAGCAAUCUGGUCCAGAGAAGCAAUUUGGAUCAGAUGGCCAGCACACACCAGGAAAAGGGCCUGGGAAUGAAGAGUUCACUGCAUCAGAACUUGGUUUCUGUGAUAUAGAAGCUGUUCAGUCCUCAAAAGUUUAUAUGGAGAAUGGCCAUGAAGCAAAUGGUUGCCUAGAUCUCACAGGCAACUCAUCGUCGGUUGACAAAUUGGCUGAUUCAGCUUUGACUGCUUCUUUUAAAGAGAAUGGUUCACAGAAAGAUGACUUGUUAGCCGCUCCAGCUCCUUUACCGAGAGAAACCAUUGCUGAGUAAUAAUCUGUUUGCUGAAAUGAGUCAGACUCCCUGCCCAUUUAUUCCAAUGACAAACCCAUUCCAGUUGAUGGAGGGAAGGAAAGAUUUUUCAGAACAUCUGCAAUUCUUGUGAAGGUAUUUCGCCAGUAUCCCUGGUUUCAACUCUAACAUCACCUUAUGCUCGGCGCCUUAAAUGCCGAAGCCACAGUUUCCAGUACUUGAGGUGGGAUGGGGAUUUGUUUUUAGCAUCUGAUGAAGGAAAUGUAAGAGGCCUGUCUGUCUAUAUAUACCUUCAAGUUUCCAUGAUGCUUACAGAGUAAAGCUUGUGACAUGACAUCCAAUGGAACAUAACUUGGAGCCAGAGGACAUGUUCAAAGAAUUCAUGCUCGGCUUCUUGAUCAGUAAUAACUUCUUCCAGUGACUUGUUGAUGUUUACAGUGCUUGUACAUAGGUCAAGUCCGAUAAACAAUAUCUGCAUUUGUACAAGUUGAAAUUUUGUGAACUGGUGUUUCUGUUGUACUUUAAUUUCAUUUUACUUUA